AUGCAGUGUGAGGAUGAUCUGUUAGCUGUACUCACCACCGGUCAAAACGGAGAGGAACCAGGUCCUGUUCCCAGUGCUGAAUCAGCCGAAGUUCACUUUGAUACGGAACGUCCCAGUCCUCCUUCAGUAGUCCCCAACACCCCGAGAAAAGGUGCCCGUACGAGUCAACUUGCCCAGGCUGAACGCAUGGUCAAAGGGAGUCGAAUUGACCUUGCAGCCGGCGAACCACUUGAUAAUGCUGCUGUCCCUAUUCCACUGGUAGAUAGGGGUCGAGGUGUUCCUCGGAACAUUCUCGGUGUCGUCUUGGAACGUGACCAAAAUGACAUGUACACCAUUGGAGUCAAGGCAGGAGUUCUGAAGGCAAAGCUGUCAUGCAACCAGUUUAACUUAUGCCCUCAGCGCCCGUUGGGAGAGGACUCCAUCAAUCGCGACAGGGUGGUAUCUCUGCUAGAAGCCGUUACCUUUGAAUCGAACUGUGGUGGACAGGGUUUUGUCAAAUGCAACUGCGCAGGACCCAAAAAGUGUCGAACAAACAGAUGCAAGUGCUUUAAAAACAAAGUUAAAUGUAACAGUAGGUGCCACGCCAGCAUGACUUGUGCUAAUAAAGUCUAA